GUGCAUACUUUCAUCUCAAAUUUUUACACAGAGAGAGAAAUGUCAGGAAGAGGUAAGGGUGGCAAAGGUUUGGGAAAGGGCGGAGCAAAGCGCCACCGCAAGGUUCUGAGGGAUAACAUUCAGGGAAUAACUAAGCCGGCAAUUCGCCGCCUGGCUCGUAGAGGUGGAGUUAAGCGAAUCAGUGGGCUAAUUUAUGAGGAGACGCGUGGCGUUCUAAAAAUUUUCCUUGAAAAUGUAAUCCGCGAUGCUGUAACCUACACUGAGCAUGCCCGCCGCAAGACUGUUACCGCAAUGGAUGUUGUAUAUGCACUCAAAAGGCAGGGUCGAACCCUCUAUGGAUUUGGUGGUUAGAUCUGUAUCGUUUGGGAUUUGAGUGUGGGAUUUAGGUUAGUAUUUCGUAUUAUGAUUGUACUGCCAUCCGUUUUAAUUCUAAGAAAUGGAAUUGUAAUUGUGCAAUUGAAAUUGAGCAUUAUUUUUUGGAAUU